UUUACCUAUAUUCUCAUCAUCUACAUAUAUAGUGUAGAAAUCUGAAAAAUCGUUUGUUCAUAACUAAAAAUCAUUGCGAUCCAGGCAGUGAAUGGUUGAAAUCGGAAGACUUCCCCCCAACCGAACCCCGCGGUUCCAACCGACGUCAACUCUUUCCUUACACCACUCGCACUCUACAAUACAACUUCUAAAUCAAUAAGACAUACCUUACAUCUACUAAAACUUCCGGAACUAAUAGCAACUACUGAGGAGCAAGCGAAACGCAAGUGCUUGCUGGGAACGACUCCUUAUCGUACAAUUCCCCGCACCCCGCUAUUACAACCGUCCUGUACCGCGACAUUACGAACCGUCCGAUCCUGCCAAUAUGGCCCCGACCAUUCGUGUCGUCGGCUCUCUCAACGCCGACAUGGUGUCCGUGACAUCUCGUUUCCCUGAGCCCGGCGAGACGAUCACCUCCUCAUCAUAUUUUAUUAGCGCCGGAGGCAAGGGCGCGAACCAGGCCGUUGCCUGCGGACGGCUGUCUCGCACGCAGUCAGGCUCACCUACAUCCCCAAGCAAGGGCUCCGUGAAAGUGGAGAUGGUUGGCGCUGUCGGCGGACUGGACGGCCACUUUGAUGCCUUACUAAAGCCCACCCUCGAGAAAUCCGGUGUCGAUACGUCGCGGGUCAAGAUCGUCAAGGAUGCAUAUACGGGAGUGGCGGUGAUCAUUGUGGAUUCAUCAGCUGGCGGAGAAAAUCGCAUUUUGUUCUCUCCUGGAGCGAAUUAUCAAGGGAUGCAGCCGGAGCCGCCCGUGCUGGGAAUGGCGAUGGCAGCGCCGGUGCCGGAUGUGAUUGUCAUGCAAGGGGAGAUCCCCGUUGAGAGCGUGAUUGGGAUACUCCGAGACAUUGGGGCGUGGAAGGCCAGGAACCGGGCUGAGGGUAAGCGCGGUAUUGAGGCCGGCCCUGAUGUCAUGUUUAACCCUGCACCUGCUCCACCGGGAGGAUUGCCGGAGGACUUGUACGCUGCGGUCGACCACUUUAUCAUGAACGAAACGGAGGCCGCACUGAUAACUCCGUCGGCGGAGCAGCUGCUCAAAGUGGUUCCGGACGCGGAGGGGCAGAGCGAUAAGGACAAGGUGGCUCGGUAUUUCCACCAGUUGGGCGUGACGUACGUUCUGAUCACGUUGGGUUCCAAGGGUGUUUGGUACAGUGCCACUGAUGCCAGGACAUCCGGGCCUGCGGAUGGAGUCAACCGCUUUACCGGUCAGAUUCCCGCCGCUCCGGUCAGCCGGGUGCUUGAUACCACUGCAGCAGGUGAUACCUUUGUCGGCGCAUACGCAGUGGAGGUGGCACGGUGGCGCGAGCAGCGACGUGUGGACGGCAAGGCCGGGCAGGAUAUAACGAGUGAGGAGAAACCCAUUCGGUAUCAGAAGGUCAUGGAUGACGUCACGAGACUGGCGACACGGGCCUCAGCCCGCUGCGUGGAGCGACAAGGCGCUAUGGACAGCAUUCCAUGGGAAGAUGAGAUUUAAUUAUGACCGAAAUCGGAUUGGCGAAGAAAUGUAUAUUACUGCAGAAUGUCCAAGGAGCUUAUGAUAGACACAUUUAGACGGUGCGACUCUCCACAGGUAUUGGGAGAGCUGGCAUGCAUUAGAAAAAAA